AUGACACAUGGAUCCGAUAGACCUUCUCCAGUCUUCUUUCCAAAGAACACAGGUAUAUUGGGUAAACUCCAAAUGAGGAGAUCUGGCCCCUUCUCUAUCUUUGAGACUUUGGAAAGAGACUACCUGUCAGAACUGGAGAGAGAGCAUGUCAAAAGAGACGAGAACGACUCGCUGACCCACCGAAGCCCGCGCGCCCCUGCCUCCCGCACCCGGCGCCUACGUCCAGCCGCCCUCGCCGCCGCCGCCGCCUCCACGUCGAAGAGAAAGUCUGAAGCGGAUGCUAAAGGAGAUAAAGCCAAGGUGAAGGACGAACCACAGAGAAGAUCCGCAAGGUUGUCUGCUAAACCUGCUCCUCCAAAACCAAAGUCCAAGCUUGAAAAGGCCCCUGCAAAGAAGGGAGAGAAGGUACCGAGAGGGAAAAAGGGAAAAGCUGAUUCUGGCAAGGAGGGGAAUAACCCUGCAGAAAAUGGAGAUGCCAAAAUAGACCAGGCACAGAAAGCUGAAGGUGCUGGAGAGGCCAAGUGAAGUGUGUGCAUUUUUGAUAACUGUGUACUUCUGGUAACUGUAUGGUUUGAAAUACUAUUUUUUAUCAAGCUUUAUAAAAAUGCAGAAUUUUGUUUUCUUUUUUUUUUUUUUUUUAAGCUAUGUCGUUAGCACACAGAACACUUCAUCGUUGUUUUUGGGGGAAGGGACCUAUGUCACUAAUAGAAUGUCUCCGUAGCUGGACUGAUGUGGGGAAAACACCUUUCCCUUCUAGUUCUGAGAGACUUCCUCUUGGCUCCCAGGAGGAAGGAUUCCCUGACUUUGACACACUUGGCCACCUUGGCACAAAAGCCUUGUGAUAUGGCAAAACAAACUCAUUUUUAGGUCCUCUUCUCCUUUUCCAUCUCUCAGCAUCGACUUAACUCCCUUAAGCCCAGAUAUCCGUUGGGACCUGAC